AGACGCUCUGAGAGGCUCCUCAGUGUGGGCGAGUGAAAAUGCCCUGGAUGUGAGAAACAGGUCAUCUUGACUGUGUUCAGAUGUGUAUAUAUUUCUUCUAAGGUGAUUAAAGUUGUUUUGGAACUAUCAAGUACCUCAAAGAUCUGACUGGCAGUACUGUGCACACCUGCCUGCCUGCCAUGGGCUGUCGGGAUGUCCACGCGGCCACUGUGCUCUCCUUCCUGUGUGGAAUCGCCUCCGUAGCAGGCCUCUUUGCAGGCACGCUGCUUCCCAACUGGAGGAAGUUGCGACUGAUCACGUUCAACAGAAACGAGAAGAACCUGACCGUCUACACAGGCCUGUGGGUGAAGUGUGCCCGCUAUGACGGGGGCAAUGACUGCCUGAUGUACGACGCUGCCUGGUACUCCUCCGUGGACCAGCUGGACCUGCGGGUCCUCCAGUUUGCCCUACCCCUCAGCAUCCUGAUCGCGAUGGGCGCCCUGCUGCUCUGCCUGAUCGGAAUGUGUAACACAGCCUUCAGGUCCUCCGUGCCCAACAUCAAACUGGCUAAGUGCCUGGUCAAUAGUGCGGGCUGCCAUCUGGUGGCCGGGCUGCUGUUUUUCCUGGCAGGUACUGUGAGCCUCUCCCCAUCCAUCUGGGUCAUCUUUUACAACAUCCACCUGAACAGGAAGUUCGAGCCAGUCUUUGCGUUUGACUAUGCUGUGUAUGUCACUGUGGCUAGUGCUGGGGGCUUGUUUAUGACGGCCCUGCUACUAUUUAUUUGGUACUGUGCAUGCAAGUCCUUGCCCUCUCCUUUCUGGCAGCCGCUGUACUCCCACCCUCCCGGUAUGCACACAUACUCACAGCCCUAUUCAGCCCGUUCCCGCCUCUCUGCCAUUGAAAUCGACAUUCCAGUAGUUUCCCACACCACCUAAUGGGGAAAUCGUUGUUCAAGAAACCUUGUAGCCUCAC